AUGGCCCUUAGAUUAUUGUCCAAACCAGGUUUCAAAUGUACUGCUAGCCCGUUCGUCGCAAAUUACCACGACUAUGUUCGAUGUGCUUCCCCAGGGGGAGCUAUGCGCAUCCCACUAGCGUCGCCUAAAGUCAUUGGUGUCGCCAACUCCAGAGGGAAUAGGGGUCAUCAAGAAGAUUUCUAUUCCUUCGCGACGCUGUCUCUGAAUCCGGAGGAACUCCGCAUUAGUGUGAAAAAGGCCCAUGCCAUAGAUUGGGACCCAAGCAAAGUGGGAGACCUCUACGCUAGACAAGUUGUAUUUGUAGGAAUAUACGACGGCCAUGGAGGGUCCGCUGUAUCUCAAUAUCUUCGCCAGGAACUACAUGGAUUGUUCGAGUCUGUAGAUAAGUCUAUGAUCCCCGAGCUAUACACAUGGAUCACCAAAGAAGUGGGAGGUUAUUUCAAACGAUAUAGAGGCGGUCCGAUGACCCCUUGGAUCCACGGUGUUGAGAACACAUCUGAGAUGGAUUUGGAGGCACGAGCAGCGCUGGCUUUUUAUGAAGUAGACAAGAAUUUAUCUUCGGAUCCAGUUGCACAAAAUUGUGGAGCAACCGCAUCUCUCAUCCUUCUGCAUACCCUUGACAGCCCAGCGGCUCCAUUCUUCUCCGCAAAGAAGACGGCGCUGACUGUGGCUCAUUGCGGAGAUACCCGUGUUUUAUUAUGUUCGACCAAUGGCGGGAGGGUGUUUACAAUGACUGAGAACCAUCACGCAGACUCCCGAGUUGAAUCUGCACGCCUGCGUAAAAUGAUGGGCUCAGCGUUAAUCACUGAUUCGUUUGGUGAAUCUCGUUGGAUGGGCGCGUUGGCAAACACGCGCAGUCUCGGAGAUCUUAAAUACAAAAGGUUCGGCGUCACGCCAGAACCGGAAGUAAGAACCAAACUCUUAGAAGGAUCAGAAUGGGCGUAUAUUGUUGCCGUUUCAGACGGUGUAUCAUCGAUGUUAUCCGAUGACGAAGUUGUAGACUUGGCCCGUGGCUGCAAGGAUCCCAAGACCGCAGCUGAUCGAAUUCUCUCAUUCGCACAGGAGCUGGGCGGUGGAGACAAUGCCACCGCAAUUGUGGUUCCCCUCGCGGGCUGGGGUCAUAUCACAGGGCCUGAUAAGACCAAAGACUUACGUGAAUAUCGCUUGCAAGAAGCAGCUGGAAGCGAGCGGCUUCGGAGAAUGUGA